AUGUGGACUCCAAGGCGGUGUCUUCAAGAAGAUCACGGCACGAGAGCGUCGCCACCGCCCGAUCCGAGGAUCUUGGGCUUUCACCCGGAGCAUGUAGAAGGACAGGGAGAAGCCUCAACAACGCCUUCAAGAAGGGAACGGCGUCCGCGGACGUCGCCGUCGUGGCCCGGGUGGGCAAGGGUUUACCCUCAGCGAACUCUCCCCGCCUUCUACCCAGCACACCAACCGCCGGAGCGGUCGAUCCACUGCCACCGCACGCAGCUCGCCGGCCACCACGUCGCCCCCGCGACCAUGGUUUCCGGCCAGCUCCAGAGCCACUGGCACGCCCGCCAACCAAAAUGGCUCCCACCGACCAGGGCCGCCGCCCCGGAACCUAACUCUGAGCACGGCAAGCUGCUACGCACAGAAGACACCAUCGCGAGGGCCGCAGACGCCGACCAAGGACUCCGGGCCGCCGUAGCACCGCCGCCGACCCACUGGAAAGAGCACCCCCUGCCAGAUCGACCACCAAACCGCCCCCGAGGCGGCCGGAGCACGCAGAUCUGGGCAGAGAUGGAUGGGCUCGAAGGGCCCGGGCCCCUGCUCGGCCCAAAUCGAGGCGGCCAUACCCGAUCUGGAUCCGCACAACCCACAAAAUGCAGGUCUCCUCCAUGGUCAGCCGGACGAGCGCCGUUGCCCACCACGCCUUGCCGAGCUGGACCUCCACCCGACGUCACCGCGCAUCACCAGGCCGCCGCGCACAGAGCUCGCGCCGCCCGCCGCCGACCACUCCGGGGAGCAACCGCCGCGAGCACGCACAGGACGCGCAGCCACCACGCCGUUGCGAAACCGCGCCGCCGCACCCCAUGCCAGCACGGCGCGCUCGCCGGCCGCGCCAGCCCGCGCCGUCGCCACCGCACGAGGGGAGAGAGGGGCCCCGCCGGCGCCGGCGCCGCACGGGCUUCGCCCGGCGACGCGCUGAGGCGGCGGCGAGGAGGAGGGGAAGGGGAGGAGGGAGACGAGGGGCGCGCCGCCGGGAGCCCCAGGCCGCCCGCGGGAGCGGCUAAGGGGCUAGCUACAGAUGUGUGGGUGUGA